AUGGGAGCUCAACACAGCACGAGGCCGCACAACCUAGCUGUUGCAGAUGCCGGCGCCGGUGGAGGAGAUGGCCACGCGCACCUCCCGUGUCUGGUGAAGCUGAUGUCUUACAAGGAGGCCUACCGCCUCAAUCCCGAGCUCGAGAUCUUUGACUCCACACUCCCGCAAUGCACCUGUCGCGCCAUCCCCACCCUCACCAAUGGCAUCCAGGUCCAUUCCCUCUCCCUCGAUUCCCUCAGGGAGAUAACCGGCUGCCUCCUCAAGAUGAACCAAGAGGUGGUCAAGGUCAUCCUUGAUUGCAAGCACGAUGUGUGGAAGAACACCGAGCUCUUCGACCUCGUCGAGGAUUACUUCUGCACUACCCUCAAAAAGUGCCUCACUAAAGCUCGUGACAACCAGCUCAUCCUCCAAGUCGCGCUGCAGCGUUUCACCGAGGAGGAGGAGGACCACAAAGGUGACAAUGCGAGGAACUCUCAUACUCUGACGGAGCUGAGGUGCUUCAAGUCGGCCAGAGAUCCCUUCAUGGAAGAGUUCUUCAAGGCUUUUCGGUCUAUCCACCACCAGCAACUCCAGAUGCCCGACAAAAUGUAG